CUUUACCCUUUUUUUAUGCCUCGUCGGAAGAACCCAAAUGCUGAGCCCUAAAUCACAAUUUCCGAUUUUUGGCACCUCCUCCGUUACUCUGUUCGCGCCGAGUUCUUAGAAAUCAAGCGGCCGCCCGCCGCCGUCCAAUUCGCAGGCGAUCGAGCCUCCUUCUCUUUAUCAGCUGAAGGACAGCGGGAAAUAAAGCAUCACAAGAACAACGAGCCGCGCCUUGCUGCCACCGCACUCUUCCUUUUGCGAGGCAAGCGACUCUGUCCUGCCCAAUCGCCGGUGGAAUUGAGAGCGACAACUUGAAAGGGGAAGGAGGAGCGAAUUCUCUGCAGCAUCUAUCUGUAUUCGUGGGAUUGAGCAAUGGUUUCCGGGCUGAUAAACGCCAAUCCCGUCGUCUAUGAAAAGAAAGAGCGGCGGGAACGGCCUGCUUCUACCCCCGAUGCCGACGAGUAUUCUGCUGAGGCCAUCGACCAGCUGGAAGUGUUUGAUAUCCUUUUCAAUUCUCCAUACUGUUUUGUUAUUUUAAUUUAUCUUCUUUUGUUGGUGAAAAUUCAACCUGAUCUUCGACCUGCUAGAGUAAUUGCAAAAUGUUUGAAUUUGGCCUGAAAUUUGAUUCAAUCGGCAACUAGGGAAAAAUGAUAGAGCAUAUUGUAGGAUUCAAUGGGUUGUAGUGCUUGUGUUCUUUGGAGACCAAAGUUUGUUCAUUUGGAGGUAGCUUGAUUGUUUUACAAAUGGGUUGGGGGAUUCUAUCAUCUAUUAUCAAUCUGUUGAUGUAACCUGUGCCGAUCAAAAUUGAGGGUCGAUGCCUCUUUAUUGCUGUGCUUCUUAACUUGGUUCAUACAUCACGUGAGAGACAUAAAGGAUCCAGAACACCCUUAUUCAUUGGAGGAGCUUAAGGUUAUAUCAGAAGAUGCGAUCGAAGUGGAUGACAGGCGUAGUUAUGUUAGGGUGACAUUUACUCCGACAGUCGAGCAUUGUAGCAUGGCGACUGUAAUCGGCCUUUGCUUGCGAGUUAAGCUUAUGAGAAGCCUGCCAUCUCGUUACAAGGUGGAUAUAAGGGUUGCACCAGGAACCCAUGCAACUGAAGCUGCAGUGAACAAACAGCUAAAUGAUAAGGAGAGAAUAGCAGCAGCAUUGGAGAACCCUAAUCUAGUGGAAAUGGUUGAUGAAUGCUUGGCUCCAUCGUACGCUUGAAACUGGACUGUCAUGAUUUCAGCCAAAUUAUGCAGUCAGAGAUGGUUCUCCAUCGGCGUGAAUGCCCAUCAUGAAAUGGCAAACACAUCAUCCAACCAUUUGUUUUCUCUCUUUGCUCCGCUUAUGUAUACUUGUACCUGUAGCUGAAGAACAAAAGUGUAGGUUGUAACCAGGUUUAGGCAAAUUACUUGUUUUCUGCCUUGACUUCAUCUGUGCUGAAUUCCUUUUGGUUCUUUGUAUUGAAUAUGUCGUACUCUGAGAUGAAACGAUCAGGGGAAUCUGUGAUAGAGCCGUGGUGGAUUACUUUUGGUUCUUUGUAAUCAGAUGCUUGUAUGCUCCGUCGUAUCGAUCAGAUGCUUGAAAAUUCGUGACUUAUGGCGCGAAAAUGCAGCAGCCUGAGACGAUCCUCUCUUUUGUUUGAUUCUGUAUGCAGAUAAUCAUGCAGCUCAUGAACUAACUGUUCGACUGUGGCCUGUUUUAGGCAAA